AUGCUCCACCCACCUGAAUUCCUGAGGCAGUACCAAAGGAUGUUUGGAGAUGAAAUUGAAGAAGAGGAAGAGAAUUUUUGUUCUGUCUGCUGGUAUUUCGUCUCAAAAACAAUCACCAUUGACUGUGGACAUCAAGCUUGCUUGUCUUGUCUCCAGGAAAAUAACUUUCUGCCUUUCUGUUGUCCCACAUGCUGGGAAUACUCCCACCUGAGAACUCUUCAGGCUGACAUUGCCAUGCACUCUGAAGGAGAAGGCAUGUGUGAGCUGCACCGGGAAGACCAGAAGCUGUUCUGUGAGAGUGACAGCAUGCUGCUCUGUUUGACCUGCUCUAAAUCAGAGGAUCAUGAGGAUCACAUCCAUUGGCCCAUUGCAGUGGCUGCUCUGGGCUAUAGGAAGAUGAUCCAGACAGAUGUGGGAAUCUUGGGCUGGCAAAUAAAAGAAAUUCAGGAACUUCAAUUUCAUGAGAAGGAGAGACCCUUGGCAUGGGCUGUGGUGUGGACUGACCGUGAAGAUAUAUCCAUUAAAAAUUUUUUGGAAAAAAUUCCAGUAAUAUGGGAAUACCUGAAGAAGAAAGAGACGACUGAGACAGCAGAAGUAGAGGAACUCAUAAUGGGGACAGGCAAGGAGAAGUUGAUCAAGCUCUACCAGAGGCUGAAGAAGAUGGAGGCUGUUCAGCAACAUGACAUAAUGGAGCAAAAGAAGGAGUGGGAGGCCAGGAUGUCCAGACAAAGCAGGUUUCUAACAGACAAAAUGAGAGAAUUGGAGGAAAAGAGCCAGAAAUCGAAUGUGGAACUUCUCCAGGAUGUGAGCAUUAUGUUUGAAAGGACUUACAUAGAAAUGAAUUUGAAACCUUUCAUUCCUCGUAUGAAUACUUAUUAUCUCCACAUGGCAGCCGAGUUUCUAAAACUCUUUCAUAGUAAGUGUCAGCCUUUUGACUAUGAAUCUCUAUUUCAGCUUUCUUCUCAGCAGUACCAGGAGGCCCACAGGCUACCUGUCAUAACCUCUGGACUGUCAGAGACCUGUAAUUCCUACAACUUUUCUGAAGAAAAAAGGAGCGCUAUCACUUUUCUACCAGACUCCUCAGGAAAGACAUAUGCUGUUUACACUAGUGGCAAUCUUCAAGGUGACUCCGUUAGAGCGAGAGAAUUCUUACUGAAGACUUCACCUCCAGAUGGAAUUCUUGAAGAAGGAGAAUGGACAAGAAGCAUCACUAUUUUGUGGACUGACAAGUUUUGA